AUGCCUUGUACUGUGUUUUUUGCACUUGGUGCUACUGUGUUACUUGUCUGGUGGUAUAUUUCUUUCAAAUUCACAUAUUGGGCACGUCGAGGGGUUAUCCAGAUGCCCCCGAGCUUUCCCUUUGGCAACAUCAGAGAAGUAGGUCGAACUCUGCACUCUGCUGAACUUAUGAAGAGCGUUUAUGAGAAAUUCCGGGGAAGUGGUCAAGCUUUUGUUGGUUUGUACUAUUUCACUCGACCAGUAGCCAUGGUGACUGAUCUCAAUCUAGUCAGAGACAUCCUCGUGCGAAAGUUCGUCCACUUCAGUGAUCGGGGAGUGUACUUCAAUGAAGUGGAUGAUCCACUGUCAGCCCACCUCUUUUCGCUAGAAGGUGAGAAGUGGCGGGAUUUACGGCGUACCGUAUCAUCUCUAUUCUCACCAACUCGUACAAGAGUGUUCCAUAAUGCUAUUUGGGAAGUCAGCUCACGUUUAGCAGUCUGCAUUGGUGCUAAAACCUCCCACAAUCCCACCAUCAACGUGAGCGAUUUAUCUGGAAGGUACGUCAUCGAUACCAUCGGACAAUGUGUCUUUGGUAUCAACCCAAACACCAUCCUCGACGAUACAGCACCUUUUCGCGCCAUUUCCGCCAAAAUAUUUAGCAUGACUCCCAUGCAAAUGUUGAAGCACCUCUUUAUGCAAUCCUUUCGCAAUACAGCGAGAAAAUUCCACAUGAAACUCACCAAAAAGGACGUUGAGGAUUUCUUUCUCUCUCUCAAUUGCACGCAACCAGAGGGAAAUUUCACGCAACAAACUAGUUUCACGCAAUUGUUGCAGAAACUCAGAGAAGAGGGAAAACUCUCCAGCAAUCAGGUCACAGCCCAAUCAUUCAUUUUCUUCGUGGCGGGAUUUGAAACUUCAGCUAUCACUAUUGCUUACUGUCUCCACGAAUUGGCCUGGAAUCCAUUAAUUCAGGAGAGGCUGAGGGAAGAAAUACUGGAGCUGGAGCAAGGUGAUUUAUCCUGGGACGAUAUCAAUCGAAUGACUCUACUCAGUGCAGUCGUGAAUGAAACUCUGCGAAAGUAUCCUCCUGGAGGGAAUUUCCUUCGAGUGGCCAAAGAAGACUUCAAAGUUGGGAAUAAAAUAAUUGAGAGAGAUACUCUUGUGGUUAUCCCACUCUACGGUAUCCACCGUGAUGAGAACUUCCAUUCCAAUCCAUUGAUAUUCAAUCCAGAUCGACCGGAACUAGCGCAGCAUUCAUGCAUGUUUAUGCCCUUUGGCGAUGGACCAAGGCACUGCAUUGGUCGUCGAUUUGCUCUCCAUCAGGUUAAAUUGGUCAUUUCCGCAUUGGUCAGUCACUACAGAUUUUCCCCAACUCCAGACGCUUCCUACAGCAUUGAACUGGCAAAAAACACGGUUCUCCUGAAACCACAGAAACCCAUCUUUCUCAAUGUGGAACGCCUCAGAGAUGAUUCAUUAUCUCUUGAGAAAACAAAAACUCUUCUUUAA